CUUGUAUCCAUCCUGCUAUCAUCCGACAUGUCCUGGCUUAGAGAUUCAAGGAUAGAAGGCCUCAUCCAGCCAUUAGCUAUCUCUAUUAUUGCCUUCACCAUAGGAUACCAGCUCAGACCUUAUUUGAGCCCUUCAUCGUCGUCACAGACCCGUUCUCUCAGCUCGUCAGCUCAUCGGUCGAAGAAGAAGAAGGAUCAGAAAGGCUUCGAAGUGGUCGAUGGUCGACCUGUCGAACCUUCAUCUUCCCAGCCCAGCGCACCUCGAUUCGAUCGAUCCUCAUCCUCAGACAGUGAAGGAGCGACCGAUGCAGAAUCCGAUGCUGAGGACGAGACUGCGGCCAAGAGCUCGGACAUUGCUUCAGUCAAAGCUGCCAUGUCAGAGGAAGUGAAACUCGUCUUGGUCGUCAAUGACAGUUUGAAAAUGUCAAAAGGGAAGAUCGCAGCUCAAGCUGGGCACGCGACCCUUGCUUGCGCUUUCAUGGUGAAGGAAAUGAACCCGAGGUUGUUCCGGAACUGGCAGAUGCAUGGUCAACCAAAGAUUGCGGUUCGCUGUCAAGAUACCGAAGAACUGGAGGUUCUGGCAGCCCAGGCGAGAUCCUUGAACUUGUGUGCGAGAACCAUACAGGAUGCUGGACGCACACAGGUCGCACCAGGAUCAAAGACUGUCCUCGGUAUCGGGCCAGGACCGGCGAAGCUGAUCAACCAGGUCACUGGAAAGUUACGCCUGUUAUAGCAUAAUGAUGCAAGCUGUUGCCAGCUUAACAAUUCAGACUGGCAUUGGCUUAGGUUUCCCGAAAGGACGCAUCUGGGGGCCUUGCACAUGUACUGAUAUAUCAUAACAACCUUACAAGCUGGUAGCAUUGGCCGA